AUGAAUGGUGAUUCCAGUGCAGGGGUGGUGACCUCACCACCCCCUACGAAUGCUCCCCACAAGGAAAAGUAUUUUGACCGAGUGGAUGAGAAUAACCCGGAGUACCUUAGAGAAAGAAACAUGGCACCUGACCUUCGACAGGACUUCAACAUGAUGGAACAGAAAAAGAGAGUUUCUAUGAUACUUCAAAGCCCGGCCUUUUGUGAAGAACUGGAAACCAUGAUCCAGGACCAACUCAAGAAAGGAAAAAAUCCUACUGGGUUAUUGGCAUUACAGCAAAUAGCAGAUUUUAUGACCACAAGUGUACCAAGUGUCUACCCAUCGGCCCCACAGGGUGGGAUGGCAGCGUUAAACCUGAGCUUGGGAAUGGUCACACCUGUAAACGAUCUUAGAGGCUCUGACUCCAUUGCUUAUGAAAAGGGAGAAAAAUUGCUUAGAUGUAAACUAGCCGCGUUUUAUCGCUUAGCUGAUCUGUUUGGAUGGUCCCAGCUGAUCUACAAUCACAUUACGGUCAGAGUGAGUUCAGAGCAAGAACACUUCCUGAUUGUUCCCUUUGGACUUCUGUACAGUGAAGUUACUGCAUCCAGUCUGGUCAAAGUCAACCUGCAAGGUGAAAUGGUUGACCGCGGCAGCACCAACUUAGGAGUGAAUAAAGCUGGUUUCACAUUGCAUUCUGCCAUAUAUGCUGCACGACCUGAUGUAAAAUGCAUCGUCCAUAUCCACACCCCCCGCUGGUGCUGCAGUGUCUGCAAUGAAAUGCGGCUUGUUGCCGCUGUCUCCGGAAGCCUUGUGUCUAGGAGAGGUGACCUAUCAUGACUAUCAUGGCAUACUAGUUGAUGAAGAAGAAAAAGUAUUAAUUCAAAAGAACUUGGGUCCUAGAAGUAAAGUACUAAUACUUCGAAACCAUGGACUAGUAACUAUGGGAGAGACCGUAGAAGAAGCAUUCUAUUAUAUUCAUAAUCUUGUGUCUGCCUGUGAAAUUCAGGUACGCACCCUGGCCAGUGCAGGAGGUCCAGACAACCUAGUACUACUAGACCCCAGCAAAUACAAGAAAUCCCGAGCACCUGAGUCACCAUCUGGAGAAGGAGUUACACACCCAAAGUGGCUUGUUGGGGAGCAGGAGUUUGAAGCCCUCAUGAGAAUGCUGGACAACCUGGGUUAUAGAACUGGCUACCCCUAUCGAUGUCCUGCCCUGCGAGACAAGGCCAAAAAGUACAGUGAUGUAGAGAUUCCUGCCAGUGUCACUGGCUACUCCUUUGGCAGUGAUGGUGACUCAGGCACGUGUUCCCCUCUCAGACACAGUUUUCAGAAACAGCAGCGGGAGAAGACAAAAUGGCUAAACUCUGGUAGAGCCGAUGAGGCCUCAGAUGAAGGGCAGAACGGAGGCAGCCCCAAAUCGAAGACUAAGGUGUGGACGAACAUUACACACGAUCACGUGAAACCCUUGCUGCAGUCUCUCUCGUCCGGUGUCUGCGUGCCAAGCUGUAUAACCAACUGCUUGUGGACUAAAGAGGAUGGGCUGAGAACUGCCACCUCUACUGUCCCUAGUCUGUUUGUCCCACUGAACACAGAUCCCAAGGAAGUGCAAGAGAUGAGGAACAAGAUAAGGGAGCAGAAUUUGCAAGAUAUCAAAACAGCUGGCCCUCAGUCUCAGGUCCUGAGCGGAGUUGUGGUGGAUCGGAGCAUGGUGCAGAAACUGUCAGUGUUCAAGGAUGCACCUCUUUCAGACUGUUCCGAAACUCUUGAUGGGUUCGAUCUGUCAGAGCAGGCUUUUAGUCCAGCUAAAAUCCACUCAGUUAGAAAGGGAGAAUUGAUUACCGCAUCAAAAGCCAUCAUUGAGAAGGAGUACCAGCCUCACGUCAUAGUCAGUAAAGCCGGACCAAACCCUUUCAACAAACUGACAGACCGCGAGCUGGAAGAAUAUCGGAGGGAAGUUGAGCGUAAACAGAAGGAUACUGCAGAUCAACCAGAGGAGGUGGCAGAACACAAGGACAUACUCCCAGACACCUCCUUAGUCCGCACUCCUCCCAGUACACCAAUCAAGCAAGAAGAAGAGUCUCAUCAUGAGCCAACCUACAGAGAUGACAGUGAUGCUGCAACCUUCAAGCAGACUCUUCCAGAUCUUACCCCAGACGAGCCAUCUGAAUCUCUCGUCUUUCCAGCAGUGGACAAACCAAAUGAAGGAGAAAAUGCUUCUGCUGAGGAGGACCUUCCCAAAGUCCACACAGAAAGUGCUCCCAAAGAACACAAAGAGCCUGAACCUCAGAACGUUGACUCUUCUCCUGCUGCCGCACCAGCUGCAGAGGAAGUAGCGGCGGCUCAACCAGAGGCCGCACAGGCUGAAACCGCACAGGUCGAUGCUGGCAGCGACGAAUCUCCCGGCAAAUCCCCCUCCAAAAAGAAGAAGAAAUUCCGCACUCCUUCCUUUCUGAAGAAGAGCAAGAAGAAGAGCGAGUCGUAG